GCGGUAGUGUGGUUAAAUGGCUGAACCACUACUCCUCGGCGCAGAGCAUCCUGGUCGUUGGAGACGGGGACUUGUCCUUCUCACUGGCGCUCGCCGCCGCGUUCGGCUCCGGCCAGAACCUCGUCGCUACUUCCCUAGACUCCUACGGGUACAGUACAUACAUGGAUUCUAGGAGAAUUUGGUAUCCUCUGCUCUGCUGGUUAAACAAGGAUUUGAUGCACCACCUUAAAUUGGCUUCAUAUUCUGUGAUAAAAAAAGAGCUAAUACAACAACAUACUAUAAAUUGAGGUGGUGGCUAGUGAUUUUAUCAGAACUGUACUGUUACAUGGUGUUAGUAAUUUAUUUUAACACAUCUAUGCAGUGGAACAUUAUUGAUUUUGUUAAGAAUACUACGUGGUCUCACUGAAACUACUCAUGAAGAAAAUAUUUCAAUUUCUUACUGCUAGAAAUUAUGGCACGUAAGGAACGUGUGCAUUGAGAAUCACUAUUGCUAUCUCCAGUUUUAUUCUUCAAUUUAAUUGUUGGAAAUCAAAUAUUAUACAAGUUCAGUCUGUGUUAUAUAUGAGCUUGGUUGGCCAAUCUGUUCUAUCCUCUGUUUUACUGAUGAGAGCUGUUUAGAAUAACCUAUUGUUUUGACGAUAUGGUUUUGCAAUUUGCAGCCCAAUUUAACACUAUACGAGGGCAUCAGGCUAACCCACAAAAUUAUUUUGAUUUCAUUCCAUGUAACAACUACUUUUUCUUGGAUUCUUUUGCUAAUUUUUCGUAUUUAAAUAGUUUUUACAGUUUAGGUUUCUUAUUUGCUUCACUCUUCAUUCUGAUUUAAGCCCUGUCAGGCUGCCCCUGCUUACCGUAUAAACUCUGAGGGAUAAUGUUUGUUACUGUGAUAUUUUUUAGGUUAACUUAUCUAUUUACUCUGCAUGUCCUGUUGGCAAUCUAUUUGAUGAACAGACGCUCUGACGAGCAUGUAUGGUAAAGCUCAAUCAAAUGUAACAAAGCUGGAAAGGUUGGGGGCCACAGUUUUUCAUAGUGUAGAUGCAAAAAUGAUGAAGCGUCACCCUUGUCUGAAGAUGAGACGGUUCGAUCGGAUUGUCUUUAAUUUUCCUCAUGCUGGGUUCAUAGGACCCGAGCAACAGGACAAUAUGAUCAAGGCUCAUCAGUUGCUAGUAAGGAGGUUCUUCCGCAACGCAAGCCACCUGCUUCGUCCUGAUGGUGAAAUCCACCUUAGCCACAAGACGGGGCAGCCUUACGACAGAUGGCAAAUCGAAGAACUAGCACAUGAGUUUUCACUUGUUAUUUCUGAGAUGGUUACCUUUCGAAAACAAGACUACCCAGGUUAUAACCAAAAGAGAGGAGACGGUCAAUGGUGCGACCAAGGAUUCCCUCUGCGUAAUGCCUGCACUUUCAAGUUCCGCUUCAAACGUGAAGAAGCUGAAGAGCCUUGCAGCAGGAAAUUCACGGCGGUGCAGAGGGAGAGUGGUACAGCCCCUUGUGCUGCUGCUUCCGAUCUUGUUAAGAAGGCCAGUCAGAGAAACACUGAGAAGUACUUGGUUCGUGCUAGGCGCAAUGAGAGAAGAAAAUAUGAUAUUGGUGUGCAUGGCACCAAUCAAGCAGAUGAACUUGCGAGCAGUUUCAUACGCUGCGGUAAGGAGGCAACAAAUAUUUUGAUAGGAGAUAUUCCGGUCCAGCUUAUUGCACCACAAAAAUUCAAGCCCACGUUUAAGACGCCAUGCUUGCAACCCAGCAUUGGAGAUGGGUUUAUGGAACGGAGAGCUCCGCUCUGCAAGAAAAACCAUACCUGGAGAACGGAGAAAGCAUGGAUUCGCCGAUCGAAUUGAGUGCUUUGACAAACGUGGUUGCAUGCUUUGACAAAGAAGAAUCCUUGGAUGAUUCGUUUCCAUCUUUUGUUGUUCUGUUUCCGUCAGGUCCACAAAUUAAUGAGAGGAGUGGUGCUUUACUAGGUACCUUCCAACACGUACUACUUUUUCCGUUUCCAUUUUGCUGCACUAAAGAGAGGAGUGGUACCUAGAUCCAAUGCACAUCGACUCACGUCCAGGCUAGCAAAGGAAAUAGCGAGACUAGUUACUAUAUAUCAUUAUCUGCUUUUUCCUAUACAUCAUGUAAACUUUCGAUCUACCGAGAAUAUCACGCCAAGCACACGAGAAACCAAGAUAGCUUGAUGAGGUUCAGCCGAAGUCUACGUCCCUGGGGGAUGGGGCAUAUGACCACCGAUGCUCCUGCCCACGAUAACACUACAUUGGCUACCCAGGUGCCAGCAAACAGGCCACCGCUCUCCCUGUGUGUAUGUCGCUAUUGUGUUGUUAAUUAUGAUUACAUUGUGUGGCUGAUCUCAUUAUAUAAGGUCUAGAAUACAAGAGCCUCACUUGAAUA